AUGCGCGGCCAGGAGGGGCAGAGCCACGGGAUGGAGCCCGGGGAAAAGAUCAGUCCCAACUUUCUCACCUGCACGGGAAUAAAACUGUGCCCAUGCCCGCCCUGGCGCCGCCGGCGCAGCCGCCUCGCGAGGGUCGCGGGCCGGCGCUGCCCCCCGAGGAGGUGGCUGGGCAUGGCCCCGGAGAGGCCGGGCUGCGCCAGCCCGCCGCUCAGCAGCCGCCAGAAGGAGCUGUGCAAGAAGAGACCGGAGCUGGUGGGCGCCAUCCGCGAGGGCGCGCGCCUCGGCCUCCACGAGUGCCGCAGCCAGUUCCGCCACGAGCGCUGGGACUGCCGCCCCGCGCCCGCGCCGCGCCGCCCCGGCGCCCCCGCCGCCGCCUUCGGCCACCAGCUCAGCAGCGGGACGAAGGAGAGCGCGUUCAUACACGCCGUGACGGCGGCGGGGCUCGUGCACUCGGUGACGCGCGCGUGCAGCGCGGGGAACGUGACCGAGUGCUCGUGCGAUGCCAGCCUGCAGAGCGGCGGCUCGGCCAGUGAGGGCUGGCACUGGGGCGGCUGCUCGGACGACAUCCACUACGGCAUGUCAUUCAGCAGGAAGUUCCUGGACGUGCCUCUCAAGAACGUCACGGGCAAGAGCGGGAGCAGACUGGCCGUGAUGAACCUGCACAAUAACGAGGCUGGGAGGCAGGCUGUAGCAAAGCUGAUGUCAAUGGACUGCCGAUGUCAUGGCGUUUCUGGGUCCUGUGCCGUGAAAACUUGCUGGAAAACAAUGUCCUCCUUUGAAAAGAUUGGCCGUUUUUUGAAGGACAAGUAUGAAAACAGCAUACAGAUAUCAGACAGAGUGAAAAAAAAACUGCGCAGGAAAGAGAAAAGCCAGCGGAAAAUACCAAUCCAGAAAGAAGAUCUGCUGUAUCUAAACAAAUCACCCAAUUACUGUGUGGAAGACCAUAAACUGGGGAUCCCUGGCACACAGGGAAGGGAAUGUAACCGCACAUCGGAGGGCCCGGACGGCUGCAACCUCCUCUGCUGUGGGCGCGGGUACAACACACACGUCGUGCGGCACGUGGAGAGGUGCGAGUGCAAGUUCGUCUGGUGCUGCUACGUGCGCUGCCGACGGUGCGAGACCAUGACCGACGUGCACACCUGCAAGUAG